CCAUCAACGUCGUUUUUCGUCCUACAGUCAUUUAUAUACAAAAGAGCUUUCAGGUUCGGCUCCAAAGCGUCAGAGAAUUUGAAGCGCUGCGAAUUCAAGCUUAUAAGAGAGGGAAAAAAAAAAAAAAACAAAGGGAAAAAAAAAAUAGAGGUGUGUCUCUGGCUCAUCGAUGGCGACUAAAGGUAUUGUUGGCUUUGUAAGCUUAGAUGACUUGAGUUUGGAAAUGGCCGCUUCGCUUCUCCGUUCUGGCUAUUCGGUUCAAGCAUUUGAGAUAUCUGAGCCUUUGAUAAAGGACUUUUUGAAAUUAGGUGGAUCUCAGUGUGCCAGUCCUAUGGAGGCAGGAAAAGAUGUUCUUGCUUUGGUUGCGGUAAUACGUCAUGCAGAUCAAAUUAGUGAUGUAAUAUUCGGCAAUGAGGGUGCCUUGAAAGGGAUGGAAAAAGGCUCUAUCUUUAUUCUCCAUUCAACUAUUUCUCCAUCAUAUAUCCAGAACCUGGAGAAGAAUUUUACAGAUGACUGUGAGACAGCUUGGUUUGUAAAUAUACAAGUCACUAAAGGAAAGUCUGAAGUAUUAGAUGACAAAAUCAUGAUUACUGCCUCAGGAAGGUCAGAUGCCAUUGCAAGGGCACAACCUGUUCUUUCGGCAAUGUGUGAAAAACUAUAUGUUUUUGAGGGUGAAGUUGGUGCUGGAAGUAAAAUUAAAAUGGUUGAUGAACUGCUUGAGGGCAUUCAUCUUGUUGCUGCUAUGGAGGCCAUUUCUCUUGGAGCUAAGGCUGGUAUUCAUCCGUGGAUGAUCUAUGAUAUUAUUUCCAAUGCUGCAGGAAAUUCAUGGGUUUUCAAGAAUCAUGUUCCUCAGUUGUUAAGGGGUACUACCAAAUAUCAUACCCUCACUGUUUUCAUUCAAAAAUUGGGUGCUGUUCUGGAUUUGGCCAAAUCACUUCCUUUUCCUCUCCCACUCUUGGCAGUUGCACAUCAACAACUUGUUCAUGGGUCUAUACAUGGUUUUGGAGAUAAUGAAGAUGCACCAGUAACUAAGGUUUGGGAAAAAAUGCAUGGAGUUAAUGUUUCAGAAGCAGUGAAUGCGGAAACCUACGUCCCUGAGGAACUAGCAAGCCAAAUUACUGCCAGUGCAAAUACUGUGAACAGAAUUGGUUUCAUUGGUCUUGGAGCAAUGGGAUAUGGCAUGGCAACUCAUCUUCUAAGCUCAAACUUUACUGUUCUUGGUUAUGAUGUGUAUAAGCCAACUCUUGCUCGAUUUGCCAAUGCUGGGGGUUUGAUUGGAAACUCUCCAGCAGAAGUAUGCAAAGAUGUUGAUGUGCUUGUAAUCAUGGUUACUAACGAAGCUCAAGCCGAGAAUGUAUUGUAUGGAGAAUUUGGUGCUGUUUCAGCUCUUCCAACUGGAGCAUCUAUUAUCCUUACAUCCACUGUCUCUCCUGGAUUUGUGAGUCAACUAGACCGCCGGUUGCAAAAUGAAGGCAAGAAUUUGAAAUUGGUUGAUGCACCUGUGUCUGGUGGUGUUAAGAGAGCCUCCAUGGGAACACUUACGAUAUUGGCAUCUGGUACAGAUGAAGCUCUUAAGGCUACUGGUUCAGUUCUCUCAGCACUAAGUGAGAAGCUUUAUGUUCUUAAAGGAGGUUGUGGGGCUGGAAGUGUUGUCAAGAUGGUUAAUCAACUGCUUGCUGGAGUUCAUAUUGCAUCGGGAGCUGAGGCAAUGGCAUUUGGAGCUCGAUUAGGUCUAAAUACAAGGAUGUUGUUUGAUGUCAUCACAAAUAGUGGGGGGACAUCUUGGAUGUUUGAAAAUCGUGUUCCGCAUAUGUUGGACAAUGACUAUACCCCAUAUUCAGCACUAGAUAUCUUUGUGAAGGAUCUGGGCAUUGUGUCUCGUGAAUGCUUGUCUAGGAGAGUUCCACUUCAUAUUUCUACAGUUGCACACCAAUUGUUCCUUGCAGGUUCUGCUGCGGGUUGGGGUCGACAAGAUGAUGCUGGUGUGGUUAAGGUCUAUGAGACACUCACAGGUGUUAAGGUGGAGGGAAAACUCUCUGUUCUUAAUAAAGAAUCUGUCUUGCGUUCCCUUCCAUCUGAGUGGCCAGUAGAUCCCAUUUCUGAGAUACAAACACUCAACCAGAGUAAUUCAAAGACUUUGGUUGUUCUCGAUGAUGAUCCAACUGGAACCCAAACUGUUCACGAUAUUGAAGUAUUAACUGAAUGGACUGUUGAAUCACUUACUGAGCAAUUCAGAAAACUUCCCAAAUGUUUUUUUAUAUUAACCAACUCCAGGUCACUGAGUUCUGAAAAGGCCAGUGCAUUGAUUAAAGAAAUAUGUAGAAACCUACACACUGCAGCUGAAUCAGUCAAGAACGCUGAUUAUACAGUUGUUUUGAGAGGUGAUUCAACCUUACGGGGUCAUUUUCCAGAGGAAGCCGAUGCUGCCAUUUCAGUCCUAGGCAAUAUGGAUGCAUGGAUCAUUUGCCCCUUCUUUCUUCAAGGAGGCCGUUAUACCAUUGGAGAUAUUCAUUAUGUUGCAGAUUCUGAUAAACUUGUCCCUGCCGGAGAAACAGAGUUUGCUAAAGAUGCUGCUUUUGGCUAUAAAUCUUCGAAUCUCCGGGAGUGGGUGGAGGAGAAAACAGGUGGUCGUAUUCCAGCAAGCAGUGUUACUUCUAUAUCUAUCCAACUGCUAAGGAAGGGUGGACCUGAUGCUGUGUGUGAGCGCCUUUGUAGUUUGAAGGAGGGGUCAACAUGUGUAGUUAAUGCCGCUAGUGAAAGAGACAUGUCUGUCUUUGCAGCUGGAAUGAUCAAGGCUGAAAUGAAGGGAAAGCGUUACUUAUGCCGCACUGCUGCUAGUUUUGUUUCUGCUCGUGUUGGAAUUGUCCCAAAAGCUCCAAUUUUGCCAAGGGAUCUAGGAAUAAACAAAGAAAGGAAUGGUGGUCUCAUAGUUGUGGGGUCCUACGUUCCAAAAACAACAAAACAGGUCGAAGAGCUUAAACAACAGUGUGUUCAAUUUUUAAGAAGCGUUGAGGUCUCUGUUCCUAAACUUGCCAUGGGAUCUAUAGAAGAAAGGGUAGCAGAAAUUAGUAGAGCAGCUGAGAUGGCAGAUGUUUUCCUCAGGGCUCGUAGGGACACUAUAAUAAUGACCAGUCGAGAGCUUGUCACUGGGAAAACUCCCUCAGAAAGUUUGGAAAUCAACUUCAAAGUAAGCUCUGCCUUGGUGGAAAUAGUUAGGAAGAUAACCACAAAGCCGCGCUACAUUCUUGCAAAGGGGGGAAUUACUUCAUCAGAUCUUGCCACGAAAGCUCUUGAAGCGAAAUGUGCCAAGAUAGUAGGACAAGCUUUGGCCGGUGUGCCAUUGUGGCAGCUAGGUCCUGAAAGCAGAUACCCAGGAGUUCCAUACAUAGUUUUUCCUGGUAAUGUUGGUGAUUGUAAAGCACUAGCAGAGCUUGUGAAGUCAUGGGUUCGUCCUGUUGGACUUUCAUCAACAAAAGAUCUUCUUUUGAAUGCGGAAAAGGGGGGAUAUGCUAUUGGAGCAUUUAACGUUUACAAUUUGGAAGGAGUUGAGGCAGUUGUUGCUGCAGCCGAGGAGCAACAUAGUCCUGCCAUACUACAGAUACAUCCUGGUUCCCUGAAACAGGGAGGCAUUCCUUUGAUUGCAUGUUGCAUAUCUGCUGCUGAACAAGCCACUGUUCCCAUCACUGUUCACUUUGAUCAUGGAACUUCAAAGCAAGAUCUGUUGGAAGCUCUUGAGUUGGGAUUUGAUUCAUUGAUGGUAGACGGUUCACAUCUUUCAUUCACGGAAAAUGUCUCAUACACAAAGUUCAUAUCAUCGUUGGCUCAUAUGAAAGGGAUACUAGUGGAAGCUGAGCUUGGGAGACUAUCAGGGACAGAAGAUGACUUGACUGUGGAAGAUUAUGAAGCGAAGCUAACAGAUGCUAAUCAGGCUCAAGAGUUCAUUGAUGAGACUGGUAUAGAUGCUUUGGCAGUGUGCAUUGGAAAUGUCCAUGGGAAAUACCCUGCAAGUGGCCCAAAGCUAAGACUCGAUUUGCUUAAGGAUUUGCAUGCUUUGACUUCAAAGAAAGGAGUCUUCUUGGUGCUUCAUGGAGCUUCUGGCUUGUCUAAAGAACUUAUCAAGGGAUGUAUAGAACUCGGCGUGAGAAAGUUCAAUGUGAACACUGAGGUGCGCAAGGCUUACAUGGAUUCACUUAGUGGCCCCAAUAAAGAUCUAGUCCAUGUUAUGGCCGCUGCAAAGGAAGCAAUGAAAGCUGUGGUUGCAGAGAAGAUGCAUCUGUUUGGUUCGGCCGGGAAGGCAUGAUGAUCUCGUUUAACUAGUAAUUUCAUCCUAGUUCUGUGGUUCCAUUUGGGGUUUGAGGAUUGCUGAAAGGGGAGGCUAAAGAACUGUCUCGAUUGGUGGACAAAAACUUCAGCUACUCAGAAAUAUGUGUUCGAAGUUGGGAUUUAUAAAUCUUCUUGGUUCUAGAUGUCACAUAUGAGCAUUCUUUGAGAUGUUCUACAUAUUCUCCAGUAUUGUUGUAUAACUAAUAAAGUCAGAUCAUACAAUAAUAACAUUACAAUCUUUGGAGAUAAUUUUUUCUUGGUUUUGCUUUCUUUGUAAUAUUUAUUGAAUUCAAUUAAGGGAAUAAUGCCCUCAAGGUUCAUGUUUUCGUUAA